CAUGUACACAGCCAGGGGAACUCGCUCUUCCUACAAGUCCGCUGAAAAGGCACUUGGAUUCCUCCUCUUUACCGGGCCUCUUUCACACGAGGAAAACUAAGACAUUGUACGGCUGCCAGGAUCUGGUGUCCGCUGAAAAGCGGAGGCUGGGGGGGGUCGCUGAAUUGCUCCAACAGUGAGGUCUUUUUGAGAUUCGCACAUAAUUAGUGGCGGCACAAAGGGAGCAGCUGAACAGAGGGUGUCAGUCUCUGGAAAGGGGUGAGUAGGAAUCCUUUCAUAUGAAAUCGGUUCACCGGGAAUGCUUUUUGAGACCCCCCUCCGCUCCACUCUGACUCCCCGAUAUCGAACAUGAGCAAAGUGACUUGCCUUUUAUUCCACUUAAUUCUUUUAUUUUUGUCGUGGCGGGAUUCCUCCUCCCUGUAAGUAAACAAACGAGCUGCAUCAGAGAGAGCGAGAGAGACGGGGCUUGAGCGGGAGAGCCGAGUGAUUUUUGCCUGGGAGUUUAUCAAAUACGAUGUAAAAUUGGAAAGAUUCAAUGGACUUUUUCUCCGCUACAUCCAGGGAUAUUCAUGCUAAUGGAUUUCCUUCUGAUUGGUCUGUACCAAAAGUGGCUACUGAGGAAGCCCCCUGGAUUGAUACUCUGCUCGCUGGGGAUCUUACUGAAAAUGGUCCCCAUGGUGGGGGCUGUCUGUCCACGGCUCUGCCGCUGCGACAACAAGCUGCUGUACUGUGAGGGGCUCAACCUGACGGACGUGCCCCGCAACCUCAGCAGCGCCAUGGGCCUGUCGCUGCGGGAGAACAACCUGGUAGAGCUACGCGAGGGCCAUUUCUCUGGCCUGUCGCAGCUCACCUGGCUCUACCUGGGCCACAACACCAUUGAACUGGUGGAGGAAAAUGCCUUCGAGAGGCUUCGCCGAGUCAAGGAGCUCGACCUGAGCGCCAACCGAAUCGAGAGCCUAUCGAAUGGCACCUUCCGCCCCAUGCCCAACCUCCGCAUUCUGGAUUUAUCGUACAAUAAGCUUCAGGCUCUGGAGCCUGACCUCUUCCACGGCCUUAGAAAGCUCACCAACCUGCACCUGCGCUACAACGCCCUGAAGUUUGUGCCCGUGAGAAUCUUCCAGGACUGUCGGAGCAUGCAGUUCCUGGACCUGGGCUACAACCAGCUGCAGAGCCUGGCGCGAAACUCCUUCGCUGGGCUGUUCAAGCUCACCGAGCUUCACCUGGAGCACAAUGAGCUGGUGAAGGUCAACCUGGCCCACUUCCCCCGCCUCAUUUCCCUGCGAGCGCUGUACAUGCGCCGCAACAAGGCCACCAUCGUGGUCAACACCCUGGACUGGACUUGGCACUUCCUGGAGAAGAUCGACUUUUCCGGGAAUGAGAUCGAGUACAUCGAGCCUCACGUGUUCGAAAGUGUGCCUAACUUGAAGUCACUGCAGCUGGACUCCAACCGUCUGACCUUCGUGGACCAGAGGACCCUGGACUCAUGGAGGUCAUUGCACAGCAUCACCCUGUCCGCCAACGACUGGGAGUGUACCCGGAACGUGUGCGCCUUGGCCUCCUGGCUGAACUCCUUCCAAGGCCAGCGGGACAGCGGCCUGCAGUGUGCCAGCCCAGAUUCGGCGCAGGGUGAGGAUGUCCUCGAUGCCGUCUACGCGUUCCAGCUGUGUGAGGACCCUGUCGAUGUCACCACGCAGGUGUACACCUUCACCAAGGACAGGGCCAGGGGGUACGCCUACGGCGGGCCUACCGGGAACCCCUACGACCUGCAGGACACGGAAGGUGGGGAAGUGGCCACCCACUCGUUCACGGUGACUGUAGCCACCGAUGAUAUGGAGAGCACCAUGCAGAUCCACAAGGUGGUCACGGGCACCAUGGCACUCAUCUUCUCAUUCCUGAUUGUGAUGCUCAUGCUCUACGUAUCAUGGAAGUGCUUUCCGGCCGGCGUGCGGCAGAUGCGCCAGUGCUUCAGCAGCCAACGGCGCAAGCAGAAGCAGAAGCAGAGCAUGCAGCAGGUGGCGGCCAUGACGACACCCGAGUACUACGUCGACUACAAGCCCAAUCACAUCGAGGGUGCUCUGGUCAUCAUCAACGAGUACGGGUCCUGCACCUGCCAACAGCAACCAUCCCGGGAGUGCGAGGUGUGACCCAGAAGGGAGUGGUGGAUUGCUGAAAGGGGGACUAUGCUGGAGGAACCGGAAGGAUCCCACACACUGUUUCCACGGAACUGCACCGCGCUGCUCUCCAGAGAACCGACAGAAACUGUGAUGAGGGGGAGGGCUGGGUGGGUGAGGGAAGGGGCAAAUGGAGGCAGGAUGUGUGUGUGGAGGGUGUUCACUGCUGAUAUAAAACCCACAGCCUCUGAAUCAGGGACCUUCUGACUUGACGCAGUUGACAGAAGCGGAGGCUCGACGAGAGGCUGCUCGCGCACAGAGUGGAUUUGAGCUUUAAUGUGUCUUUCUACUUCAGGAUAUUCAAAACUGUCGAAGGGACAGACGAAUCACAGUUUGUAUUGUUAAAAAAGGAAGAGGACGGCGGAAAAAAGAGGUCUGUGUAAAAUAUGUAAAAGCGGAAACAAAGAGA